ACCACUAUAUUGUAGGAGUCUGUGGAAAAGGGACAUGGACUUCUGCUAUUUACAAAUGUAUAGUCGAACAUGAAUCACUUAUGAAAAAAGAGAGAAACUAUUCUGAUUAUUGGCUAGGAUACUUCAAGUAUGAAGAAGAAAAAGCAAAUGAACAGUGUGUUGCGAUCUUAAGGACCGAUAUUUCUCGAUCACUGACCUUCGAGUACAGAUCUUGUUCGGAUCACUUGCCUGUUUUAUGCUUUGAUGAAAGCUACCCAAGUAAUAUCAUCACCCCAGUACUUAGGAAUCGGGGAAGUGAGUUUUCUGAAUCCUCAACAAAAUCAAACUUCCAGAGAACAACGAGGCCUACUUUAGCAAACAUUUCUGAUGUAAAAAGACCUGUUGUAGGAGAAAUAGUCGUUGUUAAUGUUGUUCUGUUCGGAUUGUGCAGCCUUUUUGCCGUUCUGAUCAUUUUCAGAAAGCGCUUAGCUUUACAAGUGUGUCAAACAGCCAACCAGAAAUUAAGAAGGAAUAACAUCAACACAAAACCGGUGGUACAAACAGAUGGAACUAGUGAAAAGAAUAAGGGAAUACGUCAACAUGAAAACAAUACGGAUCAUGAUAACUAUGUUGAGCCUUGGGAACUGCGUCAGAAUAUCGUUCAUAUGGGUGAACUUUACCAGCAGGAUAUCAUAAAUUUGCAAACCGAGGAAACGGAAACUUGAACUGUACAUAUGUAUACAUGUAUAUAAUAUAUAGAUGAAAACAAUUAUAUUUUAUUAUUAUA